AUGUCAACGUCAAUCCGAGCUUCGCGGAGCGAGCUGCAGAUCCCUCCGACCGCAGCGGCCCAAAGGGCUUCCUCACCACAUGCAGCCGCCUCGCCCAGACGGCCACUCAGUCCGAACCCGCAGGCCAAGACUGGCAUCGUGGUCUUCUCCGGUGGCAGCGCCGCCAACAACCUCGUCGACGUCUUUGAGCACGUCAGGGAGGCCAACAAGUGCACACUGAGCUAUGUCAUCCCCAUAUCGGACAAUGGCGGCAGCACGAGCGAGAUCAUCCGCGUCUUUGGCGGGCCAGGCACGCUGAUCCCCAAGGAUGGCAAACGUGACACCAUCGCCAUCAAGCACUUCUUCAACCAUCGCCUGCCAAAAGCCGCCGCCGACGCGAGGGCGGAGUGGUUCGAGAUACUCGAGGCCACCCAUCCCCUGUGGGACGACAUCUCGUCGCCCAAGCGAGAGCUCAUACGCUCGUACCUCAACAGCUUCAACCUCGAAGUCGUCAAGCGCAUGCGGCCGAGCAGCCGCUUUGACUUUUCCGGCGCGAGCAUCGGCAACCUCUUCCUGACGGGCGCCAGACUCUUCACCGGCAGCUUCGAAGCCUCCAUUUACCUGUUGAGCUCGAUAUGCAGCGUGCCCGACUGCAUAUCGGUGCUGCCCGCCAUCAACACCAACUUUGCCCAUCAUAUUGCCGCCGGCCUGGUGGAUGGCACCGUCAUCACUGGCCAGAACGACAUUUCCCACCCGAGCGAGCCCACACGAGCCGUUCCCGGCACAGGCGUCAGCACGGGUGCACAGACACCCCUGCCGUGGGCCCACGACGAGACGGAAGAGCAUGACAAGGUGGAGGACGCGAACCUCCCAGGCUCGCUGCCGGCACUGAGACGACCGGCGAUGGCCUUCUCCAAGGACGACGAGGAGGACCUGUCCUCGCGGAUCGACCGCAUAUGGUACAUCAACCCCUACGGCCAGGAGAUCCGCAUCCCCGCCAACCCACGCGUCCUAGAGGCACUAUGGGAGUCGAGCACCGUCAUCUACAGCAUCGGCUCGCUCUUCACGUCACUCACGCCCAGCCUCGUGCUCAAGGGUGUGGGCGAGGCGAUAGCGAGCCCGCACAUCGGGAACAAGGUCCUCAUACUCAACGGCACCACGGACCGCGAGACAGGGCCCUCGACGGCACCCUUUACGGGUCUUGACUUUAUCGCGACGAUUGCCAAUGCGUGCGCCGACUCACGUGGUCUGCCGCGGCCGUCACGGGAGGAAUACCAUCAGUAUGUCACGCACGUCAUCUACAUUGAGGGACCUACGGCGCCCAAGGUGGACAAGCAACAGCUGAGUCAAUUAUGUAUUGAUGCGACGAGGCUCUAUGGGCCCAGAGAUGAAGCCGGCCGCGGUGGUCGGUACGACGCCAAAGCCCUGCAGCAGGCGUUGGAGUCUAUCGUGGGCAGGAAAGACGCGCGCCCGGAUCGAAGCCGCCGCAACACUCUGGUCGGCUGA